GUGGACGAGCUGCUCCGCCGCAUCAGACUCGGCAGCUGUGCUCGCCGAACCAACCGCCGAACCAACCGCCGAACCAACCACCACCCCGCCACGUCUUGGAUCUCUCCUGACCGAGCAUCAUGGACUUCACCGAGCUCUACAAGCAGUCGUCCGGCCUCUGCUACUUCUCACCCAAUGGACAGUACCUCGCCACCGCCGUCCAGCACCGGCUGGUCAUACGUGACUCGGAGUCGCUGCAGAUCCUGCACCUCUUCAGCUGCGUCGACGAGGUCCAGGAUAUCGCGUGGAGUCCCGACUCGGAUCUGAUCCUGUGUGCCUCCUACCGCCUUUCGGUCAUCCAAGUCUGGAGUCUGCGGGACCCAGAGUGGACUUGCAAGAUUGACGAGGGCGCUGCCGGGCUUGCCUCAGUCAAGUGGGCCAAGGACGCCCGGAGCAUCAUGUCCUUUUCGGACUUUCAGCUGCGGGUCACUAUUUGGUCAAUGGUCACCAAGAGUGCUGCAUAUAUCCAAUAUCCCAAGUUUGCCGACAGAGGCUAUUGCUUCCGAGGCGAUGGACGCUACUUUGCACUCGCGGAGCGGAAGGACGGCAAAGACUCGCUGACCGUCUACGACUGCGACGACUGGUCGAUACUGAAGCACUUUCCACUGGAGACUCGAGACCUCGAAGAUAUUGCUUGGUCCCCUGACGGUCGGUACAUUGCCGUAUGGGAAAGCCUGCUCGAGUAUCAAAUGCUGGUCUACUACCCCGACGGCAGACUGGCAGCACGAUAUUCGGCGUACGAUGAAGGACUGGGUGUCAAAUCGGUGCGAUGGUCGCCGUCAAGUCAAUUCUUGGCGAUCGGCAGCUAUGAUCAGCAAGUGCGGAUCUUGAACUACUACACAUGGAAGCCAUUGAUCACAUUCAGCCAUCCCACAACCUUGACUCCGCCAGACAUCGCUCUGUUCCGGGAGCUCGAUCUGAGAGAUAUCCGCGACGAUUCGGCUGGUGGAGUGUGGGCAGCCCAGGCUGCCGGGCAUAAACCAAAGAUAAGAUACGAGGUGGCGAGGCCUCCUCUGACUAUCCAAACCACCCGUAUCGACCCCGACAAGCCAAAUCCAAAAAUGGGCGUUGGGGCACUCGAAUUCAACUGCACUGGAAACUACAUGGUCACUCGCAACGAUAACAUGUCGCAGUGCCUGUGGAUCUGGGACCUCGUGGGUCUUCGGCAAGUUGCGCUGAUCACGCAGCUGCUGCCCAUCAAAUCCAUCAAAUGGAAUCCAGUCUACCCAGAUCAGCUGGCGUGGUGCUGCGGGAACGGGUUUCUCUAUCUGUGGGGUGGUGAAACGAUGGGUUGCGAAGCAAUCGAGAUCCCAGCAGUCAACUUCCAAGUCGUGAGCCUCGAUUGGAACCCGGACGGCAAGUCGUUGGUGCUGGUGGACAAGGACAAGUUUUGCCUUGCUUUCCUGGUAGAUGAAGACGGCGACAAUCACAUGGUCUCAUAGCGCACACAUAUUGGCUAUGCGGCGACCAUCACACAGCAGACAUCUUGUCGAGCAGUAAAGUCGGUUUUGCAAGGGCCAACUUGC